AUGCAGACGCUCAAAGACCUGACGAGUUCAUUACAUGACAGUGCCAGCCUUCAGAGACUACGGGAGAACUUGAAUGAGCUUCCAAAGAGGUGGUUGGCCCGUGCUGAGCAGCCAGAGGAUUACUUGCUGGGCAGCGUGAGAGGUGAAUGCAACUAUCACUUCAAGUUUCGUUUGGAAGGCGGUGGCUACUUCCAGACCGGCGUGCUGGUGGCAUCGGCAGAGACGAGCCCUGGAGGGCUUCCGGUGCCUUUGAGAUGCAGAUGGAAGCGCAAGAUUGGGGACCUCCCUGUGGAAAUUCCUGGAGUCACUUCAAAUAUGUACCAAAUCUCAGCUGAUGAUGUUGGGACUGAUAUAUCCGUAGAGGCGCAGCCAGCAGAUGCGGAUGAUGGUCAUCAUGGAACUGUCAUUGGAGAGAUCGGUCCAUUCGAACUCGACCCAGCGACCAGACGCAGCCUGGACAACGCACUGGGUUUGGGAGGAAGCAGGUUUGCGGUCAUGCAAUCAAAGCUUCCCGGAGAAACUCCUGGAAGCACCCGGCAGGACCUUGCAAUACAAGUGUCCGCAGAGGGGGUGCGUGUCACAGCUAUCGGAAGUGGUUAUCAAAGCCGUGAAAACCGAGAAGUCUAUGCAGAGUACUCGUCCGAAUACCCAAAGGUGAUUAUCCACCCUCUGGAUACAACCAAGUUCCAAUUGGUGAUGAGCGAAGUGAAGACAUUCCACCUUAUGGCGCUCACGCGUACUGCCCGUGACUUGAUCGCCCUGACGAUUCGCUGCUUCCAUGCCAAGAAGUGCCCGGGGACAUUCUUUGUGCACCGAAGAGUAGCAGGCCUUUCAGAAAACUUCAGAAAGCAAGCAUAUCAAGCUGGGCGUGCUGCUAUGUUGGGGUUUCGCAGCACUGCAAUGUGA